AUGGAGCCACGUAUCUUAUUUCAAACCUUAAGAAAGCAGUUCCCCGACAGCCUGCAUGUUCAGAAAGACGUGCAAAAUGCGGUACAAAAAAUUAGAGCGACACUAAUGGACGGAAAGACUCCUAUGCAGGCACUGGAAAGCCUGCUGCAUGACCACCGAUUCAUUGACAACCGACAGGAACCCAAAACAGAUGUCGUAACAGAGAUUUUCUUUGUUCUUCCUUAUUCAAUCACUAUGUGGCGUGCAUUCCCGCACGUGAUGUUGAUCGACGCGACCUACAAAAGAAACCUCUACAACAUGCCAUUUGUCCAGGUUGUGGGUAUGAUGUCGACUGGGAAGUCUUUUUGUAUCGCACAUGCCGUUAUUUGUAAAGAACGAAGGGGUAACUACAUGUGGGUGCUUGAGCGGAUCAAGUCAAUCUUGCAUGAAUACUAUAAAGAAAUGUUCGUUUACGCGUGGACCGAUAAGUGUCGCAACUUUGGUCAGCGCACCACCAACAGAGUUGAGAGCCAGCACGCAAAUUUAAAAAGAUACGUUACGCGUGGGAGUUCAUUGGAGCGAAUAGCAAGAUGCGUCAUUGAUAUAGUUGAAACUCAGUACGAUGAAAUACAAAAAAGUUUCACUGAGAGCAUCGAAAAAACGAUGAACCACCACAGACACCCACUGUUGGACAACCUACGUGGAAACGUUUCCCAUGAAGCACUUGAUUUGCUGGCAAAAGAGCUAAUGAGGAAGCUGGAGGUGUUGCGAAAACUUAACGCAUCAUGUGGUUGCCAUAUGUGGCUUAGAUGUGGAUUGCCGUUUGCUUGGAGGCUAGAAAACUACAAACGUACAGGGCGUAUGAUACAACUCGACGAUAUAGAUGUAUUCCAGCGGACACGUGAAGUAAAGUAA